GGGCUAGGCUGUAGCUCCGAAGUUGGCCGGCGCAGGAUAUGAGCUCACAGCCGAGAUUGCAGGCAGCCACAGGCCAGAAGAGGCACGGAGUCCGUUUGCCUGUCGGCUGAGAGGAGAAGCGCCCCCGCGGACGCACUGAGAGUAUGAGGCCCUGGCCUCUGCGGGCCGCUCACUUGUGACCACUUCCACCACGGCAGAACCUUCCAAGCCAACCUCCUGCCGUGUGGUGAUCUACCUGCAGCAGGAGAUGUCAGGGGACACCUGUCUGUGCCCAGCCUCAGGGGCCAAGCCCAAGAUAAGUGGUUUCAAGGGAGGCGGGCUGGGCAACAAGUACGUGCAGCUCAAUGUGGGCGGCUCCCUGUACUACACAACAGUGCGGGCCCUCACCCGCCACGACACUAUGCUCAAGGCCAUGUUCAGUGGGCGCAUGGAGGUGCUGACCGACAAAGAAGGCUGGAUCCUCAUAGACCGAUGUGGAAAGCACUUCGGCACCAUCCUGAAUUACCUCCGAGAUGACACCAUCACCCUCCCUCAAAACCGGCAAGAAAUCCAGGAGUUGAUGGCUGAAGCAAAAUAUUACCUCAUUCAAGGACUGGUGAACAUGUGCCAGACUGCCCUGCAGGACAAGAAGGAUGCCUACCAGCCCGUGUGCAACAUCCCCAUCAUCACGUCCCUGAGGGAGGAGGACAGGCUCAUUGAAUCCUCCACCAAGCCUGUGGUGAAGCUACUGUACAACAGGAGCAAUAACAAGUACUCAUACACCAGCAACUCUGACGAUCACCUGCUGAAAAACAUUGAACUGUUUGACAAGCUGUCCCUGCGCUUCAAUGGUCGUGUGCUCUUCAUCAAGGACGUCAUUGGCGACGAGAUCUGCUGCUGGUCUUUCUAUGGCCAGGGUCGAAAGCUGGCGGAGGUGUGCUGCACCUCCAUCGUGUAUGCCACAGAGAAGAAGCAGACCAAGGUGGAAUUCCCGGAGGCCCGUAUCUAUGAGGAGACACUCAAUGUCCUACUCUACGAGACCCCUCGGGUCCCUGACAAUUCCUUGCUUGAGGCUACAAGCCGAAGCCGCAGCCAAGCCUCCCCCAGUGAAGAUGAGGAUACCUUUGAACUUCGGGACCGUGUCCGCCGCAUUCACGUCAAGCGCUAUAGCACUUACGAUGACCGGCAGCUCAGCCACCAGUCCUCUCAUCGAGACUAAUGAGAUCCUUAGGAAGUCAGGACACAAGAAGCCCUGUCUGCCACUCUGUGGUACACACCCCACUGGCCACCCUAUGCUGUUCCUGCUAGCUAGGAGCCUUCUCUAGUAUGUAAGUUGACAGGCCUGCCUGAGGUCAGGGAGGCUGGGAGAGGAAAGGCCACAUUGUCUCACUGGCCCUCCUCCCCCAGCACUUCCAGAUGCCACCCCACUUCCUGCCAACAGGGAGCUACCUCUGCUCUAGGGUGAAUACGCUGACUUCCCAGCUCCUGGCAAGAACAGUCCCAGGCCCUUGGCUGAGGGCCCCUUUUUUAUGCUGAAGAGCUUCAGUUCCUCAGCUGAGGCCCACAGCAACAGCUUUGUUCUAGGGGAAAGGAGGCUUCUGGUGCUGUCAGGACCCAAUUUUGAAAAGAAAGGACAGUCCUCUUUUUUUUCCCCAAAGUGUUCAAGCGUAGGUAGGACCUGGUUUUUUGUUUGUUUUUAAAUCUAGAUGUUAGCAUAGUGGCCGUACCUAUAAUCCCACCUAUAGAGAGGCAGAGGCAGGAUAACUUAGCAAGGCCUUAUCUCAAUAUAAAAAUUUUAAAAGGGGGCUAGUGACAUAGCUCAGUAGAAUACUUACCUAGCAUGAGUAAGGCCCUGGGUUCAGUCAAUCCCCAGUACUGCCACAUACACAAAGUAUCUAAGAAAUUACUAGUUUCUAGUUUCAUGAAGGACAGCCUUGGACUAAGUAUUUGUAACCCCUGCAGGAUGCCAAGACCCCACCUAGGCAGACUCCCACACACAUACUCCACCCUUUUCAAUGCCCUAGGUCCCAUCUUUAAAGCACUUUGUAUUACUGGCAUUCAGAAAACUCUAUUCUGCUUUGACCCAAAGCUUUUUCUGACACUAGUCUCCUCUUGCAGAAUCUGAGGGAAGGGAUAAAGCAGUUAACAGCCAGGUGGGCUGCCAUAGUCUGUAAUGCCAGCACUCAAAGGCCAAGGCAGGAGGGUCAUAAGUUUGAGGCCAACCAGGGCUACAUAGAGAGACUUUGUCUCAAAAAAAAAAAAAUAACUAAACUGACCAGGUUUGGCUUUGUCAGCCUGACUAGCCAGCCCAAAGACUACCAAGAGAAGGAUGCCCAAUUUGAGACUGUGGUUUUGGUAGCAUCCUGUGGGGAAUGAGACCUCACAUCACUGACUGACACGUAACAGGAUUGUUUGGUUUGCAUCUCACACUUGGGUAUGCUCAGCUCUAAGACACGCUGUCCCCACAAACCAUAAAGCCAAAAGCAGGCCAGAAACACCAGCUGCAGCAGAAGGCCCUGGAGCCAUCAGCUGAGGACAGCAAGCUCUUGGAGCCCCAUGCUGCCAGCAGUGCCCACAGAUGUGGCCCAGCCUGUGGCAAUCACAUCUCGGUUUAUGUGCUGGCUCUGGGUGGUGGUUCUGCCUAGUGAUGAGUCUCCAAAUAUAUAGUAACCAGGGCAACUUAAGCCUUUGAAAGGCCAUUAUUCUUUUUUUGGGUUACUUGACCAUGGGGGUAGCAAGGUCUAGACUGGGUGUGAAUUCCUCUGGGCUUUGGUCCCCAUUUUCCCCUCCCCUCCCUAUUGGGCUUGGCCCUCUUAACUGGACUCUUUCCAGAGGAAUGUAGUCACUGAAGGGAGCUGUUUGCAAGGCUGACAAAGUGUGUGGCUAUCAACAGUGCUCAGGAAGGAACAUGGGUUGUCAGCUGCAUCCAUUGACUGCUCUUAUGAUUGCCAAACACAGCUCACCUCUCAGAGCCUAUGGGCAGAUGCCAGGUCCAGGGUUGGGCUCUCACAAGGACUUGACUUGAUGUGAUAGAGCAGGGGAAAUGUGACUUAGCAAUCAGCAUUUUGUCUUAAUCACAGUCUUGAAUGUAUAAAUAGCUCUAAGAUGCUUGAGUCAGGCACCUUGGUGAUCAGCAGCUACUAGUUCUUCCAGAUCUCACAGGAACUAAGAUGACAAUCCAUUUUUGUCCAAGUUUAGGCUUUGAGUCUUUCCCACAGACUUUGGAAUGUUGCAGCAUGAGGCCACCCUCAGCUGUCCCCAAGAAGCCAGAUUCCCAGCUCCCUGCUGCGUAUUUCAUUUGUUCCUUUGCCUCUACAUCCCCUUUGGCCUGUUUGGUGCUUUUACAUCCAUGUCCUCAUAUUUUCAGUUUAUUCCUUGACCUCCACAUCCCCUUUAGCCUCUACUUGGUGCUUUGACAUCCGUGUCCUCUGCUGUUCAAUGGUAUCUAGUCGUUGGGCUGGAAAAGCACAGUAGCAGAAGUCCCAGGUUGGGCAUUUGUCUUCCUUGACUUAAAACAUCUUGGUUUAGGGAAAACACUAACACUGAAGUGAUCUGAGCUUCUUUGCUUAGACUUUGUGGCUUGAGGUUUUAUGGGAUUUCCCUGUCCUAUCCUAAAGUAGCCUUUGGCAGGAUGGAUUUUUCUAAUCACAGGCAGCCCCAGGAAGUAGGCACAAAGCACAGAUGAAGGUCAGACUGGGAGCUGCUAAACACUAGCUGUGGGCCCUGUUGAACUUGGAUUGUGUGUGACUUGUCUGCCUAAAGGGUAGCACAGUUCUGGCAUGAAAGAAUGUGUCCUUUAUUGCGUACCUGCAAUCCUUCGUUGCUUACCCUAAAAGAUAGAAGUAAACACUAACUUGUAAUAAAAUUGUGUUACACUGCGGUA